AUGAGCGGAAGAAAUGUUCGAGGAGGCCCAGGUGCUGCUGGUGGUUCAAAAGCAGCUUUUGCUAUGUUUCAACAAAAAGAUAUCGCUGCUGGUGGAACAGGAAAAGCUAGCAGUGAACAAGGUUCGGCUGCACCAACAAAUCCAACAAGUAUUAAAGAACGUCUUCUUGUAUGGUGUCAGCAAAGUACUAGAGGUUACCAACAUGUUAAUAUAACAAAUUUUUCAUCAUCAUGGGCCGAUGGUAUGGCUUUUUGUGCUCUCGUACAUCAUUAUUUACCGAAUUCAAUCGAUUAUGAUUCUCUUAAUCCAAAAGACAGAAGGAAAAAUUUUGAAAUAGCUUUUAAAGCUGCCGAAGACAAUGGGUGUGCACCGUUACUUGAAGUCAACGAUAUGAUUGAAAUGGGUGAUAAGCCUGAUUGGAAAUGUGUGUUUACAUAUAUUCAAUCGCUUUAUAAACAUUUUGUUAUGAUGCCUCAAGCCAUUGCAGCUAGAGCGACAGCACAGGCUGCUACUCACUAA